CCGGUGAACUACAUCCGGGUCUUUUGUUUGCACAUCCGUUUUCCAGCUCAUUUCCUUUCUUCAUUCCGAAAAAUUGCCUCCCUCCUCUUUUAUCCGAAACCUAACCCCCCGUUACUGGGCCAGACACACACCGACUAUGCGGCUGUUCCUGCUGGUUGCGGUGGCGGUGCUCUCCCUUAGCCCGUCGGUGGUGAACGGAGCCGAAAAGAAGAAGCUCCAGAUCGGGAUCAAGAAGCGCGUGGACAACUGUCCCAUCAAGUCUCGCAAGGGGGACGUGCUGAACAUGCACUACACCGGCAAACUGGAGGACGGUACGGAGUUCGACAGCAGCAUUCCCCGAGACAGACCCUUCACCUUCACCCUGGGCACCGGUCAGGUGAUCAAAGGCUGGGACCAGGGCCUGCUGGGGAUGUGCGAGGGCGAGAAAAGGAAGCUGGUCAUCCCCGCCGAGCUGGGCUACGGAGAUCGGGGAGCUCCGCCGAAGAUCCCUGGAGGAGCCACGCUUAUCUUUGAAGUGGAGCUGCUGAGCAUCGAGAGGAAAGCCGAGCUUUGACGAAGAAGAAACGACUAAAGCAAGGUCCCAGGAGUUGUUGCAGCAUUAAGUUGAGGUCAUCCGACUCUUAACAAGAUUUCCAGCAAAAUCUGGAAGUUGAGCCGACUCCGCUCAGCGGAGCUGCUGUUCUCCUUUAACUGGACUUCAUUACUGUAGAAAACAGAUGACUGUUCUGGUAAAACACUUGGAAAAAUUCUCAUUUAGCAUCUGUGUCCAGUUUAUUUUUUAUUUUUUGCCUCGGGCUUGUAACAACAUUCAUACCAGUUCUUUAGGACUUGUUUUUCACAAGUGAUUUUUAUAAUGAAACAAGAGGCAUGCUGGAGGCCAUGUUGUUAUAGGUGAUGUUUUGUUUACGAGUUUGAGUUAGAAAAAUAAAAUGUUGACCUUGUGGUUCCCUUGUAA